UAUAAACCCAUAAAAAUCAUGGGUAAAAAGAAUUACUAUUGUGAAUACUGUCAGAAGUCAUUCAAAGACAUCCUGGGCAUCAGGAAGAAUCACCUGAAAGGACUUCAGCAUCAGAAAGCUGUGAGUGAACACUACGCCAAAUUCAAAGAUCUUAAAGAAAUUUUCCUGGAAGAAUCCCGGAAGAAGACUUGCAAACGAAUCUUCGAGGGAUUGGAAUGUAAAUUCGGGACGCAAUGCAGAUUCAGCCAUUACACUCCUGGACAAUUGGCAGAAAUGAAGCAUAAAAUAGCUGAGAUGGAAGCUUCCAAGAAGCCUCGAUCGGAAGUCGUUGAUAUGAAAGGAAUUGAGAAAUUCCUGAAUAAGACGCGAGAGAGGAUUCUCCGAGAUUUGUGCACGACUAAUAAACCCUUCUGGACAUAUCCUUUUGAUUUGGUUGAAGGAUUGGAUCUACCGCCGUCUCUUCAGCCACUUGAGCCGAGUUUAUUGUCAGAGAAAUUUGAGGAAUGGGGUUGAUAAAACAUUGAGAAAUAAAACAAAUAUAAUUUAUUUAAUCUUACCCAGU